UCUGAUGGGGUUUAGGGGGGAUUUCAGAUCCCUUUGGAUGAUUUUAGGUUCAUUUGGGUGAAUCUUAAUCCUGCGUGGGUGAUUUUAGGUCCCUUUUUUUGGUGAUUUUGGGCCCUUUUGGGUGUAUUUUUGCUUCUUUGGGCAAUUUUAGGUGGAACCAAGCCUUUUUAGGGUGAUAUUAGAUCUUCUUGUGUUGUUUUCAGGCACUUUUGGGUGAUUUUAGGUACUAUUGGGUGAUUUUAGGCCAAACCAGGUACUUUCAGGGUGGAUUUUAGGUCUAUUUGAGAGAUUUAAGGGUGAUUUUAAGACAUUUCUUCUGGGUUUUAAAACAUUUGGGGCAGGUUUAGGCACCUUUGGUUGGAUUUUAGACCCCUUUAGUUACUUUUAACCCCAUUUGGCUGAUUUCAGGCCAAACCAUGUGGAUUUAGAGUGGAUUUUGAUGCUCUUUGGAUGCUUUUAGGACCAUGGCAAGGACAGAGACUCAGACCCUGCAGACCCUGAGUGCAGUUCUGGCCUGGUUGAGGUGGAUUCUCACCAGGUGAUUGUUUGCAGGGCGCUGGCCUGACGGAAGCGGGAUGUCUGCCAAGUGUUCCCUCAGGUGUGAUCGCUGGACCAAGACUGGUUUCCCAUGGCAAGGAGUCCUGAAACAAUGGGUCCUGCUCGCUGCCGGGACUGGUUUGUCCAGUUCGGAACUGCACUGUCUGUGCUUGUUCUCAGCUUAUUCUCAACUGCCCUGUACCUGCUCCCUCAACUAUAAUAGACCCCUGAGUUAACCAAAGACUUUGAGAUUCUCCCCGAUGUGACAAUACAGAUCUGUUGGCUGGACCACGAGGAUUUCGUCUCUCUGUUGGUAGCUAUUUCCCCUCACCCACCUUCUCUGUCUCUCUAUCCUUUAUCUCCUUCCUAACCCUUCUAUCCCAUCUGCUGAGGGCAUCAAUAAAAGGUGCAUUUGCUUUCAGUGAUAUUGGAAGUCCCCCUGCUGUGUGUCCUUUGCACUCUGAGAUGGGUAAAAUGAAACAUCAGGACCCCCACUUGUACCAGCGGAUCGUGGCAGCCCAGCACCCUAAAUGGGGAGAGCCAAGAGGGGGGAGCUUUUGGGAUUGCUGGGACUCCCGGCAGCCUGGGGAGGGCGGGCACCGAGGAGAAGGGGGACCCCCAAUCCAAGUGUGACCCCAGCAGCUGGGACAGGGGGGAGCCCCGAACAGCAAAGGGGAGGCAGCAGGGACAGGGAACUCCUGGGAGGCUUUUUCAGGGCUGGAUCUUGGUGCUUGGGAGGUUUUUAUGGAGCCCAGGUGGCCAGGGACUUCUAGGGAUGGACUGGGACAGAGGGACCCUCAAACUCAGCGUACUCAUCCCUUGUUUUUCCCCAAACUAGGAUUUUCCAUUCCCAGCCCCUGGGAGGCUGCAAGGAAGAAGAAGAUGUCCCAGGACACCGAAGCAGGUGAGGAGGAAGUCAGUGCCCCUUUCCCCCUCUCUCCUGCUCCAUCUCCCAGCCCAGCCUGGCCCCCGGCUGCAGGACAGCCCCGCUGCCGGUGCCCUCCUGCCGGGGAUGCACUGGAGGGAUCUCCUUGCCCUUCCCUGUGGCACGGAGGCAAAUCCCAUCCUCUCCUUGUCCUUCCUCCCCCAGAGCAGGAGCUGAGGAUGGAGACCAGGAAGGACAAAUCCCUGCGGCACAACCUCAUGGAAGAGGCCAUUUUGAGCAACUCCACAGCACAGGAAUCCAACAGGGAGGAAAAGCCCCGGAGAUCCCACACAAGGAGGGGCUGCAAACCCAGCCCAGGGUGCUCUGAGGAGGAAAGGCCCACUCUGGGUCAGGAAGGUGGGCAGAGCUUCAGCCAGAGCUCAGAGCUGGUGGUCCCUGAGAAGCUUCAGAAUGGGGAGAAGCCCUACAAGUGCUUGGAGUGUGGGAAGAGCUUCAGGAAGAGCUCCCACCUGAUCAGGCAUCAGAUGAUCCACACUGGGGAAUGGCCCUACGAGUGUGGGGAGUGUGGGAAGGGCUUCAGCUGCAGCUCUGCCCUUGUCACCCACCAACGCAUCCACACCAGGGAGAGGCCCUACGAGUGUCCCGAGUGUCAGAAGAGGUUUCAGACCAGCUCCCAUCUCCUCCGGCACCAGCGGAUUCACACGGAUGAGAGGCCUUUCCGCUGCCCCGACUGCGGGAAGGGAUUCAAGGAAAACUCCACCCUCAUCACCCACCGGUGCAUCCACACUGGGGAGAGGCCCUACGAGUGUGGGGAGUGUGGGAUGAGCUUCAGCCAGAGAUCCAACCUGAUCCGCCACCAGAGGAUUCACACUGGGGAGAGGCCCUAUGAGUGUGGGGAAUGUGAGAAGAGCUUCAGCCAGAGAUCCAACCUGAUCCACCACCAGAUGAUCCACACUGGGGAACGGCCAUACAAAUGUGGGGAAUGUGGGAAGGGCUUCAGCCGAAGGUCCCAACUGAUCACCCACCAAAUGAUCCACACUGGGGAGAGGCCCUACGAAUGUCCCGAGUGUAAGAAGAGGUUUCAGGCCAGAUCAAAUCUCCUCCUGCACUGGCGGAUCCACACUGGGGAGAGGCCCUACGAGUGUCCCCAGUGUGGGAAGAGCUUCUCCAGGAGCUCUCACUUGACCAAA